CACAACUUCAUCCUCCCUCUGCGCAUCGCAAACCUUGACAAGGCUUCAACAUACAUAGACAGCCAUCAUGUAUUUGACAUAUGCUCAAGCAAAAGCAGUCACCUGGCACUGUGCACGGGACAGGCCUUAUCGCGAGGCGCGUGUUAGCGGCAUGGCAACAGCGACUCAUCCAUAAACACACAAACAGCCCUUCUCCAUCCCAUCUCGUCCCCAACCCCAUCCAUCACCGUAACCCACAACAUGGUCUUCUCCUCUGGCUUUGCGCUGUGCGCAGCCAUUACAAGCGCGACGGCGCUCCAGAUCCCGCUUCUGUCGGCCGGCAAUCAGGCGCCACUCGGACAUCCACAUGGGACCAAACCGUUGGUCAACUCGACCGAGCUCCAAGACCUCAUCAGUGGGGACAGAUUGAUGGCACGCGCCAAGAAGAUGUACGAGAUUGCGAAGCUUGGUGAGGAGGAAUACAAUCAUCCUACCAGAGUCAUCGGGAGUGCUGGCCACCUCGGAACGCUUUCUUACAUCUAUGAAACCAUCCUCCAACUUGGUGACUACUACACGAUCACCAACCAAACCUUCCCAGCUGUGUCUGGCAAUGUCUUCGAGUCGCGUCUGGUCAUCGGCGAUCAGGUCCCCAAAUCUGCCAGGCCCAUGGGAUUGACGCCAGCCACCAAAGACAAAGAGCCUGUACAUGGCGAUCUUGUGUUUGUUGAAAACGAAGGUUGUCAGGCGUCGGACUUCCCAGACUCCGUAGCUGGAAACAUCGCCUUCAUCAAACGUGGAGUCUGCCCCUUUGGUACCAAGUCGGAGCAUGCAGGCCGCAAAGGCGCUUCUGCUGCCAUUGUAUACAACUAUGAGAAAGACGGUGUUUCAGGCACCCUCGGCGAGCCAUCCUCGGAUCAUGUAGCCACAUUCGGACUUUCCGGUGAAGAAGCUGAACCAAUUCUGAAGAAGCUCGAGAAGGGAAAGCAUGUCGAUGCGAUCGCCUACAUUGACGCCGAAGUGAACACGAUUCUGACGGUCAAUAUCAUUGCGCAGACAACAGCUGGUGAUCCGGAUAACUGCGUCAUGCUCGGCGGCCAUUCCGACAGUGUCACUGAAGGGCCUGGUAUUAAUGACGACGGAACAGGCACAAUGUCACUGCUCGAGAUUGCUACCCAACUCACCAAAUUCAACGUCACUAACUGUGUGAGGUUUGCAUGGUGGGCGGGUGAAGAGGAAGGCCUACUCGGGUCCAACUACUAUGUCGCCUCUCUGCCUGAGAAGGAGAACCAGAAGAUCCGUCUCUUCAUGGAUUAUGAUAUGAUGGCUAGCCCCAACUUCGCCUACCAAAUCUACAAUGCUACGAACGCGGUGAACCCGAACGGCUCAGAAGAGUUGCGCGAUCUGUACAUCAAGUGGUACGAGGAUCAAGGUCUGAACUACACCUUCAUUCCCUUCGAUGGCCGCAGCGAUUACGACGGCUUCAUUCGCAAUGGAAUCCCUGGCGGUGGCAUUGCUACUGGAGCCGAAGGUAUCAAGACUGAGAAGGAAGUAGAGAUGUUCGGGGGCAAGGCCGGGGACUGGUACGAUCCUUGCUACCACCAGCUUUGCGAUGAUAUUCCAAACCUCAACGUUACAGCGUGGGUUGUUAACACCAAGGUAUGUGCUUCCAAAAGUUUCAUAUGGAGAUGCAGUCCGCUAACAUGCCUAACGCUCAUUUCUCACUCGGUUGCAACGUAUGCACGCUCCCUCAAAGGCUUCCCGAAGCGAGAGCUUGAGGCUUCGCUCAAGUCUACUGCGUACAGGGAAGGUGUAAAGUACCUAGGCUCGAAGUUGUUCAUCUAGAGUUUGGCCGUUUUUUCCAAC